AUGCGUCGUCAUCCCGAACUCUGUGACACCACUGCAGCGCAGUUGCACAUUCUCAUCCUUGACAUGUCUGUCUGGCAAUGGUUCAAGGGCAUACCGCCCAAGACGCGCAUGAUGAUUGGCGUCGGUGUCAUGGCGUACGCGGGCGCUGGUCUAUACAUAUCCGACAAGGCUGAAGAGAAAUUUGGCCUCGUCCCGACCGACAAGGAUAGGGAAGAGCUGCGGGACGCGCUACCCAAGAUCACGCCCGUCGGGAAGUGA